AUGAAGGUUUUCGUAGUCUUGACUCUGGCUUUUGCCUCCGUGUCCGCUGGACUCCUGCCUCAGGACCUGCUUGAGCGUCCUCGUGACAGGAUCCCGAAGCCAUCUAUUACUGGUCGCGUUACCAAUGGCAAGAACGCAGUGCCGGAUCAGUUUCCCUACCAGGUGGGACUCAGCUUCAUCGGAUCGACGAGCAGCUGGUGGUGCGGUGGCUCCAUUAUCGACAACUCCUGGGUUCUGACCGCUGCCCACUGCACCAGCGGUGCCUCCACCGUGACCAUCUACUAUGGAGCUACCGUUCGUACCAGCCCGCAGUUCACCCACACUGUCUCCAGCUCCGACUGGAUCCAGCAUGCCAACUAUAUCUCACUCACCCUUCGCAACGACAUCUCCCUGAUCAAGACUCCAUCCGUGGCUUUCUCGUCCUCCGUCAACAAGAUCGCCCUUCCGGCCUUCGCCACCAGCUACUCCUCCUACACCGGUCAAGUGGCCGUCGCCUCCGGAUGGGGCCUGACCUCUGACACCUCCUCCUCGGUGACCCGGGAUCUGCAGUACGCCGAUCUAACUGUCAUCGAAAACUCCGUGUGCCAGAAGACCUUUGGCAGCCUGGUGGUCACCAGUCGAGUCAUCUGCGUGGAUGGUUCCAACCGCACCUCCAUCUGCAGCGGUGACUCCGGCGGCCCAUUGGCUUUGGACGACGUUCUGAUCGGUGUUACCUCUUUUGGAGCCAAGGAUGGCUGCGAGAUUGGAGCCCCAGCUGGAUUUACUCGCGUCACCAGCUACUUGGACUGGAUUGAGGCCAACUCCGGUGUUACCGCCUAA